CGCCGAAACCUAUGAAAAGAUGCAACAACGCAGGCGUCAUGGGCUGGACACUCCCCUUUAAAACGGAGUUGGAUUGCCCAGCAGGAGCCCUUGUAGGGAAAGAAAGCCGCCUUAUUGAAUAUAUAACGCGAGGCUCCGGAGCAGAACUGAGCCUUAUAAAGCCGCGUGAAUUUCUUUCUCCGUUUUCUCUGCGCAGGCCUUUACGCCGAGGUCACCAGGGGCCGCUCUCAGCUGGCGGGCCGCUACCCGGCUGCAAUACUUUUCUCCCGGUCUCUUCGCGCGGCUUCCCCUUCCGGCCAGCAGAAGUGGCGGAGAUGGCGGCCGGAGCGAGCGGGGAGCAGAGCAGCACCCGGGAGAGGCUGUUGGCUGCCUUGGACGAUCUGGAGCUGCUGGCCAGAGAACUGAUUGAAGUUUUGGCAAUUUCAAGAAACCAGAAGCUAGCACAACCUGGGGAAGAGGGCCAGAUCCUGGAAUUGUUAAUUCAGCGGGAUAAAGAGUUCCAAGAAUUGAUGAAACUAGCUCUUGAUCAAGGGAAAAUCCACCAUGAAAUGCAGGUAUUGGAAAAAGUUGUAGAGAAAAGAGACAAUGAUAUUCAGCAGCUUCAAAAACAACUGAAAGAAGCAGAGCAUAUUCUGGCUACAGCUGUUUAUCAAGCAAAAGAAAAACUGAAAUCAAUAGAAAAGGCAAGAAAAGGAGCUAUUUCUUCCGAAGAAAUAAUUAAAUAUGCUCAUAGAAUUAGUGCCAGCAAUGCUGUUUGUGCUCCUCUAACUUGGGUGCCAGGGGAUCCUCGAAGACCAUAUCCAACUGAUUUGGAGAUGAGGAGUGGUCUUUUGGGUCAGAUGAACAAUCCUUCAGCAAAUGGAGUUAAUGGACACUUACCAGGAGAUGCACUUGCAGCCGGCAGAUUGCCAGAUGUACUUGCACCACAAUAUCCAUGGCAAUCAAGUGACAUAUCAAUGAACAUGCUUCCUCCUAAUCAUAGCAAUGACUUUAUGUUAGAACCUCCUGGACAUAAUAAGGAGAAUGAGGAUGAUGUAGAGGUUAUGUCAACAGAUUCCUCGAGUAGCAGUAGUGACUCCGAUUAGGGCCUGCAUCUGAAUCACUUGAUUGUAUCUGCAUAUACAUUCUGCAUUCCAGAUGGAGGCUGCGGUACCAAGGAGGAAACUUAACAAUUCAUGAGAAUCUUUCUCUUGUAUUUGAUGAUACGACUUUAUCCCAGAAUGUCAGAUAAUUGUUGAAAUAGGGUGGAGGUAGCCACUGGAAAUAUGUUAUGCUCUGACAUAAUUUAUUUUGGUAUGUGUUUACUCAUAAAAAUGUUUUUGCACAAAAUAAAUAUCUAUGAAAUUGCAAGUUAGCUGUUGCUUGUGAGUAGAGUAACAUUUCUAUAAACACCAAAGAAUUGCAUGGAGCAACUGUCACCAAUUCCUUAAUACUGUACAUUUUUAUAGUAAGUCUUCCAGUCUUUCAAAAUAGAUCUUCAAGCAUCAGAGAUGUGGGAGAAAAUUCCAUUCUUCAAUGCCAUUGAAGAAGUAGUCUAUGAGUAAAAGUCUGCUAACCGAUCUUUAGAUCCAAUAAUCUUUCCAAUUGCAUAAAAUCAGAAAAUAUUUAGAUGAGACUUCCCCAGGCUGCUACUCUGCAUGUGCAUUUGUAAUACUCUACCAGCACUCCUACUUCCUAGACUUUUUGUCAUGAGGGUGUAAAAUAGUUUUGUAUGAAUUUUGCUGGUAGAAUUCAUUCACAAUCAGGUUAUGUAUGUAGCAAAUAAGAGCUUUUGCAUAUAAAAUAGUAAGUUUUUACUAAAAAAUACUGAAUGUAUUGUGGUCACAUCAUGUCUUGUUUAAUGAACUUCAGGGAAGUGAGGUCAUAAGGUCAUGUAAUGUCUCUCUGAAUCAUGGAGCUGCUGGUCCCAAUUGUGACUGCUAAGUGCAGACAACCUGAAUUUUUAACAGUAAGCUAGGCCCAUUAAACAUGUCCUAAGUCUGGCAACCAGAGAGUAUUCAGGAGGUGGCCUUGGUUCUAGAUCUUGGAGGACAGAGACAAUGAAUCCAAGAUGACAGUGAAGGGGAAGGCAAGGAGGUCAAGGGGAAAGGGAGAGAGAAAUGGUGUUGGAUCAUCAGAAGCCAGGCAGGGCAAAGGAAAACAUCAGUGAUAGAAGCUAAAGACAGCCAUAGAGAGAAAGUAUAGUAUAAUGAAAAAAGGGCUAGCUUUUCAGUAGGAGCACUCGGGACUUGGCCUUCCCAACGAACUACAUGAAGAGGUAAAUUUUAAGAAACCUGAGUAAUAGGAAUGGAUUCAAACAUCCUGGAAACCUUUUUCUUAAAAACUAAUUUAUUGAUUAAAUCAGAAUUGGCAAAUUAUAUUAAGCCAAAAUUAAAUUGAUAUACUCUGUGAACUCAGCCUGCCUGUUUGUUAUACUUGGGCACAUAUUCCUGACUGUUCCAGGUUACCAGGAUGGAUUUUUUUAUUCUUUGCUGUUUAUCUUAUCUGCUGAGAUCCCCUGCUAAAAUACUGUUCACGUCAGUUUUAAAACAGCAGUCAGUUU